AUGAUAGCUGCUCUCGAUGUGGUGCAGAAAGUGAAAAGAGUCAACCAUAUACUAUUCCAAUGCCCAUAUGCUCGACUGAUUUGGACGACUUCCCCCAUUCACGCACCACCACAAUGUUUAAUGUCUGACUCUCUCUACUACAACCUCCACCGUGUACUGAGUUUACAAGAACGAUAUCCUCCUGACGAGGCAUACACGGAUUUAGUCCCAUGGUUAUUCUGGCGCCUUUGGAAAAAUAGGAAUGAGUUCCUCUUCCAAGACAAAUACUACUCAGCACAAGACACAGUCAAUAAAGCCAUUGAAAACACAGCAGAGUGGAUGAGCAGACAGGAGGAGAAUAAUAUAGAGGUUAAAAAACCCACAAGCAACAAACAGCCUGUCAAGUGGAAACCACCAAUACAGAACUGGACCAAAUGCAACACAGAUGGAGCCUGGCAUAAAAACCAGCAAGGACAAGGUAUUGGCUGGAUUAGUAGAGACCACACGGGCCGACUGCUGUGGGCUGGAGCGCAAAGGUUCGAAGGGCUAGACUCACAUGUGGAGACUGAAGCAACUGCACUAAACUGGGCUAUAAAAUCUAUGUCUCGCUUGGAUUAUUCACAGGUGAUUUUUGAAACAGAUGCACAGGUGUUAGUGAAGAUGAUCGAAGGUGUGAAGGAAAUAUGGCCAAAGCUGAAACCGAUCAUCCAAGACAUCACCCACUCCCUUAAGAUGAACAGUAGCUUUAAGGUAGAAUUUUUCUCUAGAGAUGGUAACAAAACGACAUAUAAGAUAGCAAAGGAAGCUUUUUCUUUUAUGAAUCAUGUUCCUAAGUUGUAUUCUAUUGUGCCAAGUUGGUUGAAACCAGUAUUAGAAGCAGAUAUGCCUUAUGUAGGACUGAACUAA